GUAUUCUUUGUUGACGACCUUCACUCAGACGAUCAAACCUUCACACACCAAACUGCCUCAGGAGACUUUUGUCAGUGCAGUGAAUUCUGCCUGACCUCUUCCUUCUAGCAUGGCUUCCAGACAUUCGUCCUAUUCACCACCUCCAAGUCUCCCAUCGCGCACUUUCAGCAACUUGUCAACGAACCCCACCUAUUCACCAUCAUUGACCUACAGCGACUGUAGCUCUCCAAUCUCUGAGGAUAUGAUGGCAAUCGGGAACGACCCAGGCCAUGUCAGCGACGUGAUGGCUGAUGCACUGAGCCAUUUGAGUAGGGUCGUUGAGCAUCUGCGAAGCCAAGGUGAAAAUGAAGCAGCGAAUGAGAUCGCCCGCGACGUCCAUUCCAUGCUUGAUACAUUCAAUCAGACCACGGGUCCUUGGGCGAUGGACAAGUUCUUGAUGAGAAUCGUGCCUGCAAUUAAGAUCCAACAUGCUCGUACCACCAGCCCUUCCAAGGCGAGAGCCAAUACAUCCACAUGGGCAGCCGUGGCCGCAACAGACAUACCAGGCAAUAACCGUCUGGUCAAGUUCCGCCCUUCUGACGGCUUGAAGAGCCACAUAACUGAGGAAGAGUUAAAGACCAAACACAACGAUGAAGACUACCGUUGUGUAUGGAUAUAUGGAUGGACAAAAGACAAGCCACUGAGUGUCGUGACGGAAAGAAUCUGCUUCGGAGCCAUCUUCUCCAUGGUAUACGUCCAUCAACAUGAGGCCGUCUGUGUGAUCUUUCAACACGCCAGCGCAGCCAUGGCCCUGGUGGAUGAAGACUCUCGUUCUCGCCGCGACUAUGGCGUCAGCUUGUUUGGUCCUAACAACAUGAUCAAAUUUGGCGAAGCAUAUCCAGAAAACGCUGACCUCCAGCGAAUGACACACCCAAGCAAUGAGCGCCGUCGUCUGACCUUCGCUCGGCAACAGCUAUUCACAAACGGAAUGUCGGAAACACGGUUCAGAAAGGAUCUUGUGGAACUCGUCGGCCAGCAGAAUGUGGAAUUGGUAUGGCUGUUCAACACAGGAAAUGCUACGGUGGUCUUCUCAUCGACUGUGAUCGCCCGGCUCGUCCGUGAUGAAUUUAUGAAACGCGCGAGACGAGCUGGGCCGUACCAAGACGUCCAGAUUGGAUUCUCUCACGAUCCUUGCGAGCGUCCCUUGAAUUUGAUCACCCAGAUCCCAUACCCAGGGUCUCGAGAUCGCAGCGACAGUGCAAAGUCAGGCUCAAGCGGACGGUCGUACAACCCAAAUGCACCGAAGUUUGUGCCUGGCAAUGUUGCCCGUGGAAGGAAGGGCACCGAUUCCGAAGGCUGGCAGACCGUCCAGAGAAAGCGCUAGAAGGUGUCAAGCAGCAUGCUGUUCAGCUUUGCAUCACGAUCCGAAGGCAGCGCAUCGGGGUAGGGUGAGGUUAUAUGGUAAAGUGCUUGCAACGGAGCAGCGUUCCAGGGGUCAAGAGAAGUCGUCGCUGGCGUCGAGGAUAACAGGAGCAGGCAUCACAUAAUGACGUGGCUGAGUGACUUGGUCAUCGGAAACAUGGAAUAUCGAUACAAAAAACACCACC